UUUUUUUUCUUCUCUUUUCCGCUCAAACAAAGUUUUACCCCUGCGCCAUCGCGGGUCAUCGUUCGGUUGGUACACCGUAAUCGCCAGGCACUCAGCCCGAUGACAAGGCCGAUGCGUGGGUGACUUGCCCCCCCCCAAUUUGUCUAUAUAAUGGCCUUCAUUCGCACGUCUCAGAUCGACUCUUUCUUUUCUGCAUCCAUCGACACUCUCUUGUUCGUACGGUUUGGUUUUAGAUCUUUUGAUCUGUCACUCUCUUAGAUCUGCAGCGCAGAUUCGUCCUUCUUUACUACAUCAGUCCACUCUCUUAUCCUUCUUAAAGGAUUCCAAAACCCACAUCUUCCGUCGUCGUUCAGACAUCAUAUCCCAAUCAGCACGCUCGUCUCUCUCUUCCAUCUACAAGAUGUUCUUCAAGACUGCUCUCGUUGCCUCCGUGGCUGGUCUCGCUGCGGCCCUCCCUCACACCCGUCGCCAAAACAACGCUGGUGGUGGUGUCACCAUUGUCAACAACAUUGGAUCCGACGUCUACGCGUGGUCUGUUUCUGAUAGAGUCAGUAACAUGGAGACCCUUUCUGCGGGCGGCGGAUCCUACACCAGCAGCUGGCAAACCAACGACAACGGCGGUGGCAUUUCCAUCAAGCUCUCCACCUCCCAGUCCCAGGCCGACGUCCUGCAGUUCGAGUACACCCAGUCCGGCGACACUAUCUUCUGGGACAUGUCCUCCAUCAACCUGAGCCCCGACUCCGACUUCGUCAGAUACGGCUUCAGCGUCGUUCCCUCCUCGGGUGGCGGCAACUGCCCCACCGUGACCUGCUCUGCUGGCAACACCAACUGCCAAGAGGCCUACCAGCAGCCCGAUGACAACCACGCUACCCACGGCUGCCCCAUUGACACCAGCUUCACCCUGACCCUGGGUUCCGGCUCUUCGUAAGGUGUCAAAGAGGACCCCAAAGCCAGCCUGCCAACUUGCUUCGACGACGACUGCAGCCCGAGGGGCUUUGCUUUGCUUCUUUCUUCUCCUCUCUCUAUUUUUUUUUACUUUCUUUGACUUCUUCUACAUGCUCAACCAUGUAGUCAUCGUCCCCCACUUUGACUUCUAUGCCUACCGGAAACCAGCGAGUGGAGUUGGAGUCGGCUAGAUCGACUUCCAACGACGCUUCUGUGCUUCUCGACGAGGUUUUUUUCUUCUUUUUUUUUUGACUUCCUUUCCCUUGAUUCCCACCCCCCAGUUUGUUAUGAGAGAACCAAAGGAAAUCAGCCUGCUGUUGCCACGCUCAUGUCUUUAUGAUGUACGCAGUGAUUUGACAUCACACGAAUGACGGAUAGACCCCGAAUAGACAAAAAGAAUGACUACUGCUUUCGUUAACCAAG